AUGGCCCCUCGAGCGACGCGAAGGGCCACCGCCUCUGCUGCUCGCACGCGCUCAUCGGCUGCAGAGGACGAAGGCGCGAAAAGCAAACCAGAGGUGCAAGAAGCAAAUCCACAUAUCGAGCAUGGUGAAGAUGUCGACGAUGGAUCUUCCAAGAAGAAACCAGCGACUACAGAAGCCAAGGACAGACCUCAACCCACCACCCCCGCUCUGCUUCCGCCUAGUCUCAAUCUGAGCUCCUCCACGUCCAUCAAAUUCACCGCGUUCACAGUCUCUAGUGGCAAAUCAAGCAAAAAGGAAACUGCAUGUCUGCGGAGUCACCGGGCGCCUCACUCCACGUCGCUUAUCUUCACCCACGGCGCUGGAGGCGAUUUGUCAGCUGCCGCCAUGGUGAAUUUCUCGCAAGGCUUCGCGGCGACGGGGUUGGGAGUGGUCAUGUUUCAGGGUAACAUGAACGUCCAGGCGAGGGCGGGUUUGUUCGGGCUCGUUAAGGAGUAUGAGAGGGAGAAUGGAUCGCUCGCUGGGACCGAUGACGACACGGGAACGAAGAGGAAGAUGACCGAAGCUCGAGAAAAUUCAGUGGCCUACGGCGGUAGAAGCAUGGGCGCGCGCGCCGCCGUCAUCGCAUCACACAUAGACCCCUCGGUGAAAGCACUUGUGCUCGCCUCGUACCCGCUCAUCAGCCCAGCGGGAGACAUACGGGACAAAAUCCUCCUCGACAUCUCGGCAGACGUGGACGUGCUUUUCAUCUCCGGCGACAAUGACAGCAUGUGCCCGCUCGCGCGGUUACAGACUGUCCGCGACAAGAUGAGGGCGCGGACGUGGAGAGUCGUCGUCAAGGGCGCGGACCACGGCAUGAACAUUCGCGGGGGCAAGAAGCUCAAGGACGGCACGGAGAGGUUGGGUAAAGAGUGUGGCCGCGUGGCGGCGAGAUGGUUACGCGAGAGGGAUGAAGAUAAGCGCGAGAUGACGAUAAGCUGGGACGGCGAGAAGGGGAGACUGAUUGGCGGCGGUGUCUGGAUUGGUGAGGGGACAGGAACGACGACGCAAGGAAACGCACGGAAGGGUGCAAAGAAGGAGGAGGGUGAUCAUCCCGUGGAUGAAGAAGGAGGGGAUGAUGAGGCUGAGCAGGUCGGCACAAAGAGGAGGAGGACGAAGAAAUGA